AUGUAUCGUCGCCUUGCAAUAUUCACCCACAAAAUCCUCGUUAAUGCCAAUCCUAUCCCAAUCACAACAGCCACCAGCACUACCCUUUUUUACUCUCAAUCCAAUCCCUUAAACCCUAGGACUAACAGGUUUGCUUUCUUUCGCUUACUAUCAUUCACUCCGGUGCACAGGCGUGCGCCGGACCCUGAUGAUCCAUCCAACCUGAUGAAGGAAGAUGGCGUCUCAGUUUGCUCUCAAAUGUGGAUAGAGAAUUUUCGAGAACCGGAUAAGAUUGCGAGCAAUUUGACCACUUAUCUUCGCCGUUUUGAAUUGUGGGUAUUGGCUUAUCAGAAAGUGUGUGCUGAUGACAUGGGAGCAUAUAUGCCCCGUAGUGCAAUACAAAGGUCUGCAUUGGAGGACUUGUUAGCGCUUAGAAAUGCGGUUCUUGAUAAUAGGUUUAAGUGGGGUGCCAGGUUGGAUUUUUUAAUAAAGUCUCCGAAAGAUAAGACUGAUUAUCAGUCUUUGUCGAAGAGGAAGAUUAAGGUGAUUUUGACAACUACGCAACCGGCAGCAUUUCAGGAUAAGAUAGUCCAGGAGGUGUUGUUUAUGAUUUUGGAGCCGAUAUAUGAAGCACGGUUUUCUCAGAAGUCAUUUGCAUUUAGACCUGGUAGAAAUGCACAUACGGUGUUAAGGGUGGUGAGGAGGAAUUUUGCAGGGUAUUUGUGGUAUAUGAAAGGGGACUUGAGCACAGUUUUGGACGGAAUGAAGGUGGGGUUAGUGAUAGGUGCUUUGAUGAGGGAUGUUAGGGAUAAGAAAGUGAUUGAUUUGAUAAAGGAAGCAUUGACUACUCCUGUGAUCACAAGUCGCGUGGAAGAGCCAAAAAAGAAGACAAAGAGGAAGUAUCAGAAAAAGAGGGUUUUGGCAGAGGAUGAACCAAAGCCAGAUCCAUAUUGGUUAGACACCUUUUUUAGGUUUGCACCUGAGGAGGCAGAGAAGGUUCCUUCAUGGGGGCACUGUGGGAUUCUCAGUCCUCUUUUGGCUAAUAUCUGCUUAGAUGAAUUGGACAGGUGGAUGGAGGGUAAGAUUAAGGAGUUCUAUCGUCCUUCAAAGAGUGAUGUCAUAUGGAAUAGUCCAGAAGGGGAAGCAGAACAGGGGAAUACAUCUUGGCCAGAAUUUGUGCCAACAAGUGGCCCAGACAAAACCAGGAAGAUUGAUUAUGUUAGAUAUGGGGGUCACAUUUUGAUUGGCGUGCGAGGACCUAGAGCAGAUGCAGCUACAUUGAGGAAGCAAUUGAUUGAGUUUGUUGAUCAGAAAUACAUGCUUAAGCUUGACAAUGAGAGCCUCCCAAUUGAGCACAUAACUAAAGGUAUAAUGUUUCUUGAUCAUGUAUUGUGCCGAAGAGUUGUGUAUCCAACUCUACGGUACACUGCCACUGGUGGGAAGAUCAUUAGUGAAAAAGGUGUGGGCACCCUUUUGUCUGUCACAGCAAGCUUGAAACAAUGCAUUAAACAAUUUAGGAAGCUGAACUUUCUGAAAGGGGACAGGGAUCCAGACCCACAGCCUUGUUUUAGGAUGUUCCAUGCUACUCAAGCUCACACCAAUGCCCAAAUGAACAAGUUUUUGUCAACAAUGGUUGAGUGGUAUAGAUAUGCUGACAAUCGGAAGAAAAUUGUGAACUUCUGUUCUUACAUUAUAAGGGGUUCACUUGCAAAGCUUUAUGCUGCAAAAUACAAGCUGCGUUCACGUGCAAAGGUGUAUAAGAUUGGUUCUCGGAAUCUGAGUCGUCCUUUGAAGGAGAAGAAAGGAUCUUCACCUGAGUUCCACAAUUUGAUAAGAAUGGGCCUUGCGGAGUCUAUUGAUGGGCUUCAGUAUACCAGGAUGUCUCUUGUACCUGAGACUGAUUACACCCCAUUUCCAAGUAAUUGGAUACCUGAUCAUGAGAAGGCAUUGCUUGAAUAUAUAAGGCUUGAUGAUCCAAAAACUCUUGAGGAUCAACGAUUUAGCAUUAAAGAGCAUGGUCUGGUUUCACCUCAGGACUACAUUUCAAUGCUUGUUUGGAACUACAAGCGAAACGCUAUUGCAAUGGAUCAGCUUUCCCUCAUAAAAAGUGGUGGAAAUAACGCAGAAAAAGAGCAACAGUUGCUGUUGGGCUCUGAUCAUGAUAGUUAUGAUCAGAAAAGCAAAGAAGGGGAAGAACAUGAAGAAGGGUUUGAUGUGGCAGAAAUCUAA